CUCCAAUUCGAGCCGUGAAUUAACCGUCAGUCGUCAAAUCGAACUCAGCUUGGUCCUCUACUCGCGCAGCUCAGUGUCUUGCCCCCCCCCCUCGCCCUUCACUGCUGCUACCACCACCAGCCGGCAACAAUGGCGCCGACCGGGGACGACGGUUACCAUCCCAAGGAUGCCAUUCAUGAAAGCAUCAACCAGGGCUUGAUGUUUGGCGGCGCCGGCCUUCUCUUCGCUGCCGUGAAGAACUCGCUCGCGAAGAACAACAUCGGCCCGUGGACCACGUUCACCAGGAAUGGCGGCAUCAUCGCGAGCUUCGCUGCCGCCGGCGCCGCCUUCGAGUUCACCCGUUGCGCCUCUGCCAAUCUGCGCGAAAAGGACGACUACUGGAACCACGCGGUCGGUGGCUUCUUUGCGGGCGCCGCCGUGGGCGUCAGAACCGGUCGUAUGCCCCGUGUUCUCGGCUACGGCGCCCUCGCAUCCGUCGCCCUGGCUGCAUUCGAGUAUACAGGCGGUACUCUGAAAGGAUACUUGAAUCGCCAUGACGAGGACGAGUAUGAACGAAAGGAGAUGAUCCGCAAGAACAGGAGGAGGCCAAUCGAGGAGACGCUGGCUGAGAUCGGAGAAGGCAGAGGUAUCAAGCCUCCGGGGUACGAGGAGCGGAGGCGAGAGAGGAUCAAGGAGAAGUAUGGCAUCGAGAUCCAGACGGUCAGCGCGGACCCCGAUGCUGCGUGAGCGGACGCGGGGGUGGCCUGAUGCGGGCUGUGUACAGUACAUAUAGCACAAGAGAGACUGGUGCUAGCCACCUUAGGGAAUGGGAAGCUGUGCCAUACACGUGGGUUGUUGCCGGAGUGCUCUGUUUCGAGCCACCCUUCCCCCCCCGCGUGUGCAAAGGUAUGAGUCGAGUUCCCUCAUCACAACAACCUUCCAAUUUCCCACAAUAUGAUGACAUUUUCAAGAG